GUGCAACCAUGGAAAUUACGGUGCGUUCUUUUUCGACUAGUGUGUAAAAGCAAGUUGCUGGCUUUAUUAACAUCGUUAGCCAAGAAAUAAAACCUUGUCAACCAAAUUACUAUUUCAACCAAAAAGUUGCCGCAGGAUGGACAAAUGGAUCGGUCGUGUUGCAAUGGUCACUGGUGCGUCACGUGGCAUUGGUGCAUCGAUCACUAAAUUGCUUGUGGAACUGGGGAUGAUCGUGAUCGGUGUAGCCAGGGACAUUUCGGAUCUAGAGGUGACGUCAGUCGAGUACAAGGCCAACGGGCUGACUGGCAACUUAGUCCCUAUGAAAUGUGACAUCAGCCAGCCGGAGAAAAUCAACGCCCUGCUCAAUCAAAUCCGGGCUGACCCCGACUUGGAAGGGGUGGAUGUGCUCAUCAACAACGCCGCCAUUGCAUACGCCGAGCCCCUGCUCAAUGGGAACCCUGACGCCUGGGGCACGAUGAUAAGAACCAACUUUUUAGGACCGACUAUUCUGGCUCAAGAAGUGUACAAGUCCAUGAAAGAAAGGGAGAUUGAUGAUGGUUACAUCAUAUUCAUUAACAGUUUGUCUGGACAUCGGCUGAUCCCAGGAAACAAAGAUCUCCACAUGUACUGUGCCACCAAGUUUGCCCUCAGAGCAAUUGUGGAGGGCUUUAGGUUGGAGCUGCGACAAGUUGAUUCCCACAUUAGGGUUUCGUCUAUUAGCCCUGGAGUGGUUGAAACUGAUAUUUUCAAGAAACUUUUUGAUAAUGACGAAGAUAAAACCAAGAAGUUUUUAUCAGAAAGAAAGUACCUAGAGGCUGAUGAUGUAGCUUCCAUGAUUGUCACUUUGUUAUCACAACCAAUGCAUGUACAGGUGCAUGAUAUCCUCCUAAGAUCAACAGAACAGAUCCCUUAAAAAACAAGCCAAGAAUGUGCAAACAAACAUCAAGAAAUAAAACAAAAGCAAUGUU